UUGCAUUUUUGUAUAGUAUAUCCCCAAAACCCCAUUUAUCCCAAAAAAAAAUGUCAAUUGUUAGUGAUUUGUUUGGUAAUUACCAAGAAAGUUUCUUGUGGAACAAUAAUCACAAUGAGAGUUUUAUUUCCGGAGAAGAGAGUUCAUUUGACUUCAAUUACUUGAAAGAGAUGUUGUUUGAUGAUAUGUUUGUCGAGGUGGCCGAAGGAACAACGUCGUCGGAUUCGAGCUCUUGUUCAUCUCCGGUGGUGAUGCAAGUUAAAGAGGAAAUAGAGGAAGAAGGGAGUUUUAGCGACGACAUCGUAGUGCAAGAAGACCAAUCACAUAAGGAGGAGAGGGUUUAUCGAGGGGUGCGGAGGAGGCCGUGGGGGAAAUAUGCAGCCGAGAUUAGGGAUUCGACUCGACAAGGUGUGAGGGUGUGGUUGGGGACAUUUGAUAGUGCCGAGGCGGCUGCAUUGGCGUAUGACCAAGCCGCAUUUUGCAUGAGAGGAGGGCUAGCUACGCUUAACUUUCCGGUCGAGGUUGUUCGAGAGUCGCUCCGAGAGAUGAAGUAUCGAUGGGAGGCCGGGUGCUCGCCGGUCUUGGCGCUUAAGCGGCGCCACUCGAUACGGAGGAAGAAGAUGGCUGAGGUGGAGAAGAUGGAGAAGAAGAUGAUGAAGAAGAAGAAAACUGUAGUUGUUUUUGAGGAUUUAGGUGUUGAGUACUUAGAAGAACUUUUAAGUUUGACUUCUUAAUUGUGGGUCAUUAGGGAUGAUUAAUUCUUUUGCCCUCUAUUCUUUCCUUCUUUUCUUCAUUUUAUAAUAGCUAAACUAGUAUCAAUAAUCUUCUAUAGAUUAAAAGUUCAAAUU